AUGUCGAAAUACUCAGCGGCGUCCGCGUCGCAGAUUCCCACGAUUAUUCCGCCCCAGGCGGCUGAGUCGAAGCGCGACAGGAAGCGAAGAGAAACAGUGAACAAGAUUGAGAUGCUUCACAACGGAAGCUGGAACAACCGCGACGAAAAGUUCUCCCAGCAGUACAAGGAGUACCAUAAUGAGAACAAGGCCGUCAACACGCAGCCCCCGACAUCAUCCAAGUACAUGCUCCGUCUUUACCCCAAGACUGUUGAGCGCGAUGCUUUCCUGCAGGCGGCGCAGACGCACUACGAGUACAAAGUCAGCCAAGCCCAAAAGAUGUACGAGAGCGAGCGCGACAACAUCGAAGGAAUGUACUGGGAGGCACGCGAUCAGAUCCGUCAGCGCUUGCUCGGUGCCAUCGAGGAGCGUCGCCGCAAGCUGCGCGAGGAGAAGGAAGGAGGUGAUGUUGUGACAGGUAUGUUGGCUGCGACGCCCAACCACCACAACCUGCAGAGCGGCGCCGACUCUGGGUCGGCCAGCCCCAAGGACGGCAGCAAGUCGAACGACCUCCUCCUCCACAACAUGCUUGCGCCUGCUCUCGCGGUCAUCAACACGGACGACAUCUUGUACACGGAUUCGUCGUCGCUGAUCGUCAAGGCCCUACCGAACGGAUACAACGUUCAGAGCGGAAAACGUGGACCACGUGGCAAGGCUGCCGAGCUGGAGAAGGAAGGACCGGCUCCCGGCACGAGUGCAGCGCUUGCGAUCGCCAGUGGGCAAGCGCCUGCCCCGACCACGAACGGCAAGCGCGGAGCCGGUGCCCAGUCUGGAUGGGUGCUGGGCAAGGCUCUGAACGACAUGAAGAGAAUGGAGGAAGCGACUUUGCUAGAGCGGGAUAGCGACUGGGCUCGCAUCCAAGGCUCGCAGCACGGGCGCGGCCGCAGGGGGCGAGGGGAGUAG